GUUCACCGUCGCACUGACGCAGCGUUUUUGUUCUCGUCGUAUUUUCCCACUGUACGUUUGUUUGUUUCGUUCUUCUUAGUGCCCUCUCAUAAUUUUUUUUUCUCUGUUUUUGCCGUUGUCGGUUGACGAUUUCCUGAACCGUCAGUAAAGUGUAGAAGGUACCGCCCGUAGUUGUUGGGUAAUUGCAUUUUUACCGCGACACGAACACCGUGCAAACAGUCUUAUUUGACAUUGUUGAUUGUUCCCCGUUGCAAACGGCGCAGUUCCUAUGUCGUCGUAACAUGGUACUGACGAAAACCGCCAUAGCCAUCGGAGGAACGGUCGUCAAGUUGUCAUAAUCUGCAGGUAAUAGUAUAACUUUGUUUGCAGUAACGUGUGUCAAACAGGGUGUGAUAUACCUAUACCUGGCGGCUGUCCCUACCUCCCCGUCCUUGACAAUAAAAAUAGAGUUGAGUGACUAAAAAAGGGAUAAAAAUGGUUUUUCUAUUUUAAUUCCAACUGGUACAUUCAAGUAUAUGUAGGCAAGUAGGUUGUUGGAUAUUGUUAAACAACAUUUAUUUUUAAUAGUAACAAUUUUGACAAUAAGUUCCUGGAUAAGUAAAAAUGUAAAACGAUUCCUACAAAUAUUAUUAUGUCAUACCUUCAAAAACCAAGAGUAGAUGAUGUAAAAUCAAUUGUUAGUAAAUUUGUGUAGGUAGAGGUGAUCGUUGUGUAUAGGUACAAAUGUUGUACUUUAUCGACUGACCAAAUUUUACGUUUCUAAGUUUGUGAGGCACAUUCUCAAAAAUCUUUGAGACAUUAGCCUCUGGAUAUUUUUUUCUAGAAAAUUGGUUAUUUGGUAAAUUUUACCUAAGUAUGGAAAUGUGUAAUUAACUAGAUGGAUGUUAUUUUCCUUAACUUAUUGUCACUUGAAUUAAUACUUCAAUGAUCCUGAUAUUCAAUUAAUACUUCCUAAUUUGUUUGUUUCUAAAUUAACUUUAUUUUAAAUUUCCAGAUAAUAGUUAUUUAUUGAUUCCAUAACAACUAAAAUUUGAUUGUCUUAUAUAAUAUUAUUAGAUUUGUUUUUAUCAUUAGUGAUAUUUGUUUACUUAUAAAUCUCGUAACUGCUGUUUUAAAGUACAAUUCUCUUUCAUAAACCACACAUAUUAAAAUCCAUUAGUAUUCAGUAUUAGUGGUGUUAAACUAUUGAAAGUACUAUCUACUACGUGUUACUUUAUGAAAUAAAUAUAAAACACUUAUAAAUACUAGUAAACAAGUUUGCUAGUCCUAUUUUAUUUAGCUUCCUAAAAAGCAAGUAUAUAUUGUAUAAUAUGGUGGCUGUUAAUUUUCAAAUGUCCAAAGGACCUACUAACAAUUUUUACUUUUUAAAUAUAAACAACAUUUACUCCGACUUUUACUCUAGUCUCAAGGUAUUGAUAAUGUAGUCUAUGUGGUAUAGUUUUAUCUAGUUGUGUAGUUUUCUAAAAGAAUAUUAUAUUAAAAUUUUAUUUUAAUGAAUUAAUUUCCUAACCAAAGUAAUUGUUAAACUAUAUUGGUAAGUUGGUUUUUGUUCAAAAAUAUUAAGUACUGAACUAGGUAGAUACCUAGUUCAGUACUUAAUAUUUUUAGAUACCUACUACAAAAUAUUUUAAAUCAAUAUUUAUAUUUGUUUUUAUGUUUAUAACAUUUGUAAAUGUCAUAUCCAACUAUUGAAUUAAGAAUUGAUCUAUUCCCUAUCAUCAGCCAUUUCCACUUUAUUAUAUCUAUUAGUGUAGUUCCUUUUUCUUUUAUUGUGCAUAUGUUUUUCUUUCAAUUUUUCCCAAGAGUAGGACUUAUUCUUUGUGCCUUCCUACAACAUAUCCAUUUUUCUUUAUUUAUUGCCCAAGUCUCACUUUUAUACAAAGUCAUACUUCAGAUAUAAUUUAAAAUUACCUAGUGUUUUUUUUGGUGAUUAUGAUUACAUUUUUAACAUUAGUAAAUCCACCUUCUCAAGAAAAAUUGUCUUCACUUAAAUUAAAAUAGCAGUAAAAAAAAAAAAAAAUAGUGUACUGUGGUAUUUAAAAUCUACAUUUUACGUAAUAACUGAUUAAUAUAAAAAAAAUUUAAAAAAAUAAUCAUCUUAACGUAGUAAUUUUUGGUUACUUGCCAUGCCCUUGAUAAACAAGUCCAUGAUAUUUUCUUUAAAUCCAAAUCUGUAUACAUUGUUUAGAUUUAGAACGCAGAAAGCGAUCUAUUGGUUUACCUCAAGUUUUACUAUGAUGUGUGGUUAUUUUUUUCUGUCUGUAAACUUUUCAAAAAGAAAUAUUACUCCAAUGUAUAGUGUGAUACCUUUUCUAAAAGGGAAUUUUUUCUAGUUGGGGUAUAAAGAGAUCAUUUUUUAAAUUUUUUCAUUGGGUUUUCAAAAAAUUAAGAAAAACCAGAAAAAAAAUUAUUAGUGAAAAAACAAAUAUUUACAGUGUGAUGUGACGCCACCAAUUUCAUUAUUUUUAAUUUUUAUAAAUUGUGUUUCUACCACAAAUAUUGUUCUAAUUGAAAAAUGACAAGAAAUCAAUUUUAUCCUAUUUAAUAUUCAGCCACUAAUAGAGAGUAAUUUUGUCGAAAAUCUUGAAAAGAUCUCUUACUGAAAGUCAUAUUGUUUUGUUAGCAAUGGUUUAUCAUUACGUACAAAUAUAAAUUAAAUAACUUUAUGUAUCUUAUAUUUUACUUUUUUUUUAAUGAUAGUACUGUGGCUUGCUUGAAUAAUUACACUUUUAUAUUCUGUUUAAAAUGUUUGCAGAGUUAAUAUCAGUUAAUAUUAAAAAUGGCUGACGUCGAUCCAGACACCCUUCUGGAAUGGCUUAAUAUGGGCCAGGGUGAUGAAAGAGAUAUGCAGCUUAUUGCACUGGAACAGUUAUGCAUGUUACUAUUAAUGUCUGAUAAUGUAGACAGAUGUUUUGAAGUGUAAGAUAUUAUUUAUUUUUUCUUAAAUAAGAUAUCUUUUUUCAAAUUUUUUUUAUGUUGAUUAGAUGUCCACCUCGCUCAUUUUUACCAGCUCUUUGUCGCAUAUUUCUUGAUGAAAGUGCUACAGAUAGUGUGCUUGAAGUAACUGCUCGAGCAAUCACAUAUUAUUUGGAUGUUUCUGCUGAAUGUACAAGACGUAUAGUUGCAAUUGAUGGUGCAUUAAAAGCAAUUUGUGAUAGAUUAGAAAUAACAGAUAUACUUUCUCGCACUAAUAAAGAUUUAGCUGAACAAUGUUGUAAAGUAUGUUGAGUUUCUUAAUUAUUGAAUUUUAAUUAAUGUUUUAAAAAUAAUUUAGGUGUUAGAGCUCAUAUGUACUCGUGAAGCAGGAGCUGUUUUUGAAGCUGGUGGUUUAAGUUCCGUUUUAUUGUUUAUUAAAGAUGUUGGAUCUUGUGUCCAUAAAGACACAUUACAUUCUGCAAUGACUGUAGUUUCUAGACUAUGUACUAAAAUGGAGCCAAAUGAAGCAUCAUUACCUACUUGUGUCGAAGCUUUAUCUACAAUGCUUAAACAUGACGACACUCAUGUUUCCGAUGGCGCCUUAAGAUGUUUUGCCUCACUAUCUGAUCGAUUUACUCGCCGUGGAAUUGACCCGGCUCCUUUAACACAACAUGGGCUUUUAAAUGAAUUGAUACUUAGACUUUCUUCAGCAGCAGGCCCUACUGUAACAAAUAUUGGAACACCUGGUACAGUAUUAUUAUUAUAAUCAUCAUGCUUAAUUUCAUUUUAUAUAAAUACAAAUUUUACAGUUAAUUUAUUAUACAAUAUGUAUUUAUUGGGUUUAGGUUUAAACUCAAGUGCUUCAACAACUGAAGUUAAAUCAUCACAGUCUAUAUCUACCGUAAUAAGUUUACUGACUACUCUUUGCCGUGGAUCUAAAUCAGUUUCACAUGUAUGUUUAUUUUAUUCAAAUAUAUAAUUCCAAUAUACCAAACAUAUUCACACUAUAGUACAGUCAUUUAACAUUAGAAGUGUACAUAAAUAAUCAGAAAUUAAGAAUUUAUCUUAUUACUUUUUGAUUUUUACUAGAUGUUAAUAAUGGAUAAGGGAUAAAGCAAUUUAAUUAAAAACUUAAUCAUAAUUUUAGUACUGAAGAUAUUUUAGUAUUAUUACUUUUACAAUAUAUCAAAAGUUUUAAAGGUACAGUAGACUCGGUAAUUCAGCUAUUUUUCGUUAUAAUAAUUAUACAAUUAUUAACGUAAACAAUAAAAUUAACUAAUUAAUUCUAAAUAAAUUGAAUAUUUUAUAUGUAUUCAGCUAAUGUUGACGUGUUUAUUGUGUUAUAUUAGUGUAAUUCAGUAUGUAUGUUUUAAUAAAAUUAAUUGAGGUUUUUCAAUAAGAAUAAAAAUUCAUUUUUAUGCGGACUUCCAUUAAUCCGGUAGUUUUUAGUUUGAUAUCUGCUGGAUUGUUGAGAGUCUACUGUAGUUAUAUAUUAAAUCCGUUACAUUACAAAUUAACCCCAAACUCAAAAUAAAAAAUAAAUCAUAAAAGUAAUAUUUUAUUUAUUUUUGUCCAGGAUUUAUUCAGGUCUGAUUUACCUGAUGCAAUAGAAAAAGCUUUAAAAGGUGAUGAAAGGUAUGUAUUUAAAUGUUAAUUUUAUUCAAAGUACUAAAAACAAUAUAUUGUGUUUUAUACCAUAGGUGUUGUUUGGAUACAAUGCGUUUAAUUGAUUUACUAUUGGUGUUACUACUUGAAGGACGUGACGCAGUAUCAUGGAGUACAGUAGCAUGUGCAAGCAAUUCUUUAUUACCAAAACUUCGGCGUUUAGAUUCAAGUGCUGAAAAAUCACAACGCCAUUUAAUUGAUUGUAUUAGAAGUAAAGACACUGAAGCAUUAAUGGAAGCUGUCAAUUCUGGUGGUGUGUAAAAUUAUAUUAUUUUUCAUAAUUCAAAAAGUAAAACUUACAUUUUUAUUUUAUUACUGUAGCGAUUGAUGUGAAUUUUGUGGAUGAAGUUGGCCAGACUUUACUAAAUUGGGCUUCUGCAUUUGGUACUCAAGAGAUGGUUGAAUAUCUGUGUUCAAAAGGAGCUGAUGUUAAUAAAGGACUCAGAUCAUCAUCACUACAUUAUGCUGCAUGUUUUGGUCGACCAUCUAUAGCUAAAAUACUUUUGAAAAAUGGUGCUAAUCCAGAACUACGGGAUGAAGAAGGUAAAACACCACUGGAUAAAGCUCGAGAAAGAAUGGAUGAAGGUCAUCGUGAAGUAGCAGCCAUAUUAGAAUCUCCUGGUUAGCUUGAUAUUUAUUUUCAAUUUUAUUCUUAUAUUCUUCUUUUCCUUUCUUACUCUUCAAGGACUUUUGUGACUAUUUCAAAAUGCUUCUAUAAUACUCCAGUUUGGGUUUACUCUUUCUAAUUUGCUAUAUUUAAUUGCAUCUAAUAAUCUUUUACUUUAUCCUUCCAACCUUACUUAGGUUCUUUGACCUUUUGGUUCUCAGGUAAUUGUUUUUAUUUUUUCUUCACAUUGCUGUACCGUUUAAUUUUCUAACAUUUUAUAGAGUUAGUAAUCCAUGCCACUCCAGUUUUCUCUCUUGUAUUGUAUUUUUGUGUGUGUUUUUUUCACCUUCUGUAUCCUAUUAAUAUCUAUGUUCCAGUCUCCUCUUAAAUACACUCAAAAGUGUUUACUUUUUCAAAGUAAUAGAAUUUUGUUUUAAACUGUACAACUUAUUUUUAUAGAGUGGUUAAUGUCUUCCAAAAAUGAAAUAGUUCAGUCAAAUGAAUCUAAAGAACCAAAAGGAGAUCCUGAGAUGGCAGCGAUUUAUCUCAAACGAUUAAUGCCAGUUUUCUGUCAUACAUUUCAAUCAACAAUGCUUCCAUCAAUCAGGUUUUUUUUUUAAUGAUGCUAGUUUAAAUAAUAUAUAAUAUUAUAAUCUUAUUUAAUACAAAAAUUAAUUGUAGGAGAACAUCUCUGUCUUUAAUUAAGAAAAUGGUUCACUAUAUUAAACCGAAUUGGCUAGAGGAUAUAUGCAAACCUGAUAGUCCAAAUAACCUUGCUCCUUUAUUGGUUGAAGUACUUGCUACAGUUCUCGAUAAUGAAGUAAUAUUUGAAAACAAUUUGAAUUUUAUAUUAAUUAAAUGAUUUUAUAUAUUAAUUUUGUAAGAAAAAAAAUAUACUCCACAUCUAGAAUCGCAUUUAGAUUAUAAAACUAAAACAAUAAAACAAAUUUUAACUAUUUGGGCAACUAUAAUGCUUUUAUUUUGCCAAUUAACUUUAUUCCAGGAUAAGACUUGGCUGUUUUACUGUGAUAAGAGUGGUGAGGGACAGAAAUAUUUGCCUCGCAAGCUCUACAAGAUGUUAAUUAUUAAAAAAAAUUAUAAAACCUGGAUGGUAAAAAAAUAAUCAAAUUUUUUGCACGCCUCCUAGCGAAUAUUAGGAUUUUAUGCAUAUAUUUAAUAAUACAUAAAAUUGAUUGAUUGAUUUUUCAUAAAUACUAUGUAGGUCUUUAGCUACUAAAAAAUAUGUUGUAUACAAAUAUAGUACUUCAUACUAAUCUACAAUAUAAUUAUUAACUAAAAAAAAUAGUUUUUUCCCACAAUAUUCACUAUUUAAUACAAGUUAUUAACUAGUUAAGUACAAUAAAUAAUACAAUUUACCUUUCCCCCCCCCCUUGUCGCCCAUAUCGAAAUUAAAAUUUAAACAUUUGAUUUAGAGAUAUUGUCAAACUCUUAUCCACUUAAAAUUUCAGAUCUUUGCAUAUCAUAAAUCUUGGUCAGAGAUAUUUUGUCAUUUAUUGUCAAUUAUCCCUAUUAAAAAUACAAUGUAAUAAUAAAAAAAAUUAAAGAAAAUUGGUUAAUUUUAAUGUAAAUUUUUGUAUUUCAUCUAAUAUAUUUGUAGAAAUGGUAUACAAAAACAAAUUAUGUAGAAAAUCAUUGUAUUCCUUGAGAAUUUUAAAAUAAAAAUUAUAAUUGAUGAAUUUUCAGUUGUACAAAAUAUUUAAUAAUACUAUAUGAUUAAACUAAGAACAUGUUAAGAUAAGGGAUAAAUAUGUAAUAUUUUUAGGUGUAAUUCUACCAUAAAAUAAAUUCAAAUCAAAUAUUCUCCUAUCAAUAAAAGACUUAUGAUAUUUUGAUUAUUUUUGAUGAGUAUAGUAUUAUAUAUAUAUAUAUGACAUUAAAUAAAGUAAAUAAUAAUAUUUUUCAAUAAAUAUAAUUGUAUGUAAUACUUCCCUGCAUGGUUUUCAUUAAAAUAUAAUAUCACCGACUAUAAAUAUUUAAAAAAUGAAAAAGUACAAAAUAUUUAUAAUAUAAUAAUAAAAUUAUUCAUUUGCAAAAUUUAUAUUUCCAUCUAUUAAUUUUUGCCUAAUGAUAAAAAAGAUUAAAUACAAUUUUAAAUUUUUUUUAUUAUAUAGUUUAUUUAUCAACACAAUUAUAUUAAUGAUUAAUUUAUAAUAUUUUUACUAAAACAAAUUAUUUAUAUUCUUAUUGUUAUAAUUGCAAAUGUUUUUAACCAAGUAUUAAUCAUUGCAUUUUUAGCUUCAAUAAAUUGUUUUUUUUUUCAUUAUUAUUAUUGUUAUUCCUAAAUCUGAUUGAUAUGUUUAAUAUAAUAUUUCAUAAAUUAAAAAUUUACCUUACAGGAGGAUGAUGAUGGACAUGUUAUUGCUUUACAAACUAUUUUUGAUCUUUUGAAUAAAUGCCAAGAUACAUUUUUGGACCAUUUUGCACGUUUAGGUGUAUUUUGUAAAGUUCAACAGCUGAUUGGUCCUGAUAAUAAUCCCGAAAAAGAUAGUGUUCAACAGACAAGUGAUUCAAGACAAGUAUUUAUAUUUAAUUCAUUUUUAUCUUGAACGAAUUUGUAUCAUAAUAUAUUAUUUUUAUUGUGUUUUUUAAUUCACUUAGAAAUAUACAAUACCUUAUUAUUGCAUUAUGAAUAUUGAAUAUUGCAUUUUUCACUAAAAAUUUUAAGUAUAUAUAUAUUUUAUAUAUUUUAAAAAAUAAACAGGUUAAAAUUAAAAUGUGUUCAACUUUUUAAAUAAAAUAAAUUACUAUACAUUUAUUAUAAAACUAUCAAAUAGAUUUAUUUCCUAAUUAUCAAUGAAAUAAACUAUGUAAAUUUGUUUUUUUUUUUUUUUUUUUGUGAAUAAUAAAUGAUUGUUACCAGUUUAUUGUCAACUAAUAAACUAUGUAAUAUAGUUAAUAUAUUUUCACAAUCAUUAAUGUUUUACUUUAAAUUAAUUUUUUUUUUUUUGAAAUCUAUCUUAUUAAGCUGCUUUUUUGAAUUUGGAAAAUUCACUAUAACAUUUUAAAUUAUAUCAAUUUGAAACACAGUAUAACAAAUUAAAAAUCAUCAAAUUUUAGUUUGAAAAUUCUCGAGUAUUUUAUCAUAUCACCAUAAUAAUGCUCGCACAAAUAUGUAUAUUAAUUAAUUUUUUAUUAUUUUCUUAGUAUCUGACUGAAGAUGCUAAAGAAAUAUUGCCAGGGCUUGCAUACCAUUGGAAAGAUUGGUUUUUCUGUCGUGGCCGAGAUUGUCUUUAUGCUUGGAGUGAUUAUGUUGUCUUAGAAUUGUCAAAUGGUAGUAAUGGCUGGUUUAGAUUUAUGAUUAAUGAUAAAUUAUCUACAAUGUAUUCAAGUGGAAGCCCUGAAGGACAACCUGAUACAAGUAAAAUUAAAUAUAGAUUUAUUUAGUGUAAUAAAAGUAAUAUUAUACAAAUUCAAUUAAAUUAACUUAAUUUUAAAUUUGGCAUAGAUAAAACAAGAGUUAUGGACCAUCCAUCUUGUGAUGGUAAAUAUUCAUUUAAAUUAUUAAUUACAUUUUAUUUAUUAAAAUGUGAAAUUUUUUAAUAUGGAAUAUUUCAUUUCUAAAGUUGAUUAACUAUUUUUAAUUAUAUUAAUAUACAUAUUUUAAAUUUUGUUUUGUUGGAAUACUGAUUUAUUGGAUUAUUGUGUUGCAUUAACAAUUUCAUCUUUUAUUAUGCUCUGGCUUAUUGUUAUUCCCUAAUUAAAAUUAACAUUUUAAUAUUACUUUAUUAAAUGAGUAACGAUUGUCCAAUAUUCAGUCUUUAUUUUACUCUUAUUUUUAAAAAUUUGAUAAAAGAUUAAUUAGCUCUAAUAUUUAUCUACAAGUUUGGAAUAUAAUUGAGUUUAAUUUGUCUGUAUCUUGUAUAUGACAAUAAGGUAACAAACCAGUGUACCUUGCCAUCUCACAAUUAAUUUAAAUUUUUAUUAUUUAUAGAAAACAAAACUGAGUUUAUUGAAAAGUAUUUAAAAGCUAAAGUGUUUGUUAAAUUGAACACAUUAAGUCAACCAAUUUUAAGCACUCCGGGAUUGAAUAGAAUAGCAGUUGGGAAUUGGAUUCUUAUUUCAAAGAAAGAAAGCGAGUUGAGCAUACAGAAUUCUGAUGGUUUACAGGUAAAUAAUUAAUUUUUUCUUUUUCCCCUUUGCCUUCAUUCCAACUAUUUAAUGUAGCCACUGUUGUUUUAACCUUCUACUUCACCUGAUCACCCUCAAAUAAUGUAUCUUAUUUUAAUUUAUUGUCUCAUUUUUUCACUAUUGAUGUCACACCUAAGGUACCACUUAUGUAUUAAUUUCUUAUAUUAUCUUCUCUUGUUACUCUACUAUACUCAUUCUCUGUCCUAUUUUUCAGUCUACUAUCCAACACUUCAGACCUUACAACAUGGCUGGUCUCACCACACUCUUGUACAUCUUACUUUUAAGUCUCAUUGAAAUUCUUUUAUCACAUAAACCACUUCAUGCUUCUCUCCACUUUAUCCAAACAAUCUAAAUUCUAUGUUUUACAUUUUCGUCAAAGCCACCAUUCUUUUGUAGACAAAAUCUUAGAUACUUAAAUUUCUCAACCUCAUCUAAUGGUCACCGCUUAUUGUCAUUAGCUAUCUUUUCUUGUUCCUCCAAACUCAUACUCUAUAUACUCUUGUUUUACUUUUACUUAUUCUUAGUCCUUUUUCUUAAUGUACUACUAUCUAUUCCUCAAGCCUAUUGUUAAUUUUCUUCUAUCAAAACUAUGUCAUCUGCAAACAUGUACUAUAGUACCUCACCUUGUAUUUCCUUUGUAACUUCAUUAAUUAAUUUUUUUAUUAUUUUACAGCAAAUUACGACACUAACAUAUGGCACAAAUGGAUUCUCAUUCCAAUCAAAUCGAGGUAAUCAACAUAUGUUCACUGCAUUAAUAGCACUUAAAAGUGAUUUUACCUCAGGUUGGGAAACAGUAAAAAAGGCAAACUUGGUACCUACAAAAUCUGAAACUGUUGGACAAAAGGUAAAUUUAAUUAAAUAAUAUUGGUUGAUUUUUAUAUCAUAUUUUUUACUAUUUAUAAAUAAUGUGUUAGAUUCGAAAACAAGCACAAGAAAUAUAUGAAAAAUUCUUUAAGGCUGCUCAAGCUCAACCAAGAGGUGUAGUUGCAAGAUUAAGCAAAAUUGUUACAGCUAUCGAAUUUGCUAUACAAAGUGAAGUAUGUAUAUUAUUUUAUUUUAGAUUCUUUAAUAAACAAUAACUAUACAAAGUCUAAGUAUGUUGUAUACAUGUAAAUACUAUUAAAGUAUAAAGCAUUUUAGAAAAACUAAUUUAUUAACUAUUGUUAAUUUUGGUAAUUUAAUUACUAUUUCAGACUUCUGUUAUCAAAGAUGGAUAUAAUAAAGAGGAUUGGGCUUCAACUAUUUGCAAUGCUAUUUCAGAAUUAAAACAGUUGUUGAUGGAAGAUGAAGGUAGUGUCUCAGCUUAUGAAAUUUAUAGCAGCGGCCUAGUUGAAGUUCUAUUAAAACUUUUAACUAUUAGCUGCCAAGAAUGUGGUGAUGAAGUUUCAGAACUACAGAAACGUCGAAUUGAUAUUUUCGUUAAAUGUUUUAAGGUAAAUAUACUAUUUAAGAUUCGGACCAGCACAAAAAAAAAAAUUAAAUGUAUUUUGGUUUGAAUUUGUUUUGUUAUUAUUCAUUCAAUAGGAAAAGAAGAAUGAAAAAAAUGUAGAAACAUGUGCUUCUGUUUUGGUCCAUAAACUAAUAUCUGUUUUAGAAUCAAUUGAAAGAUUACCUGUGUACUUGUAUGAAUCUCCAGGGGCUUUUCAUGGAUUACAAGUAAAAUCAUUAUUACUUCAUAAAAAUUAAUGUUAGUUAAAAUUAAUUGAUCUGUAAUUUAAUUUAUAGAUAUUAUCGAGGCGUGUGAGAUUUCGUUUAGAAAAAGCAGCAAAAGAAACUACCCUUGUAGAUCGUACUGGUAGAGGAUUAAGAAUGGAACCAUUAACUACUGUGCAUCAUCUUGAAAAACAUCUGUUAAAAAUGGUUGCCAAACAGUGGUAUGACCAUGAACGUUUUACUUAUAAUUUUGUUAAAAAACUGAAAGACAAAAAUAAUUUACCAAUGAAAUUCAAACAUUAUUAUGAUUUUGAUAAAAAUGGUGUCUUAUAUUGGAUUGGAACAAAUGGAAAAACUUCAGUAGACUGGGUUAACCCAGGACAAUAUGGUUUGAUGUUGGUCCAGUCUUCAGAUGGUCGUAAUUUACCAUAUGGUCAAGUUGAGGAUAUUUUAAGCAGAGAUUCUGUUGCAAUUAACUGUCAUACAAAUGAUGAUUCUAAGGCAUGGUUUUCCAUUGACUUAGGACUAUGGAUAAUACCAACAGAUUAUACACUUAGACAUGCUAGAGGAUAUGGUCGUUCUGCUCUUCGAAAUUGGUUAUUUCAAGUAAGAAAACAAUUAGAUUUUUUGAUUAGUUUUUAAUUAAAUACAUCAUGUUUAUAAUUUUAACAGAUGUCUAAAGAUGGUACUAAUUGGACUACAUUAUACAUGCAUAUUGAUGAUACAGCAUUAAAUGAACCGGGAAACACUGCUACUUGGUCAAUAGAAAUAAAUGAUAAAGAAGAAACUCAAGGUUGGCGACAUGUAAGAAUUCAACAGAAUGGUAAAAAUGCUUCAGGCCAAACUCACUAUCUUUCAUUAUCUGGAUUUGAGAUUUAUGGAAAUGUCACAAGUGUUUGUGAAGACUUGGGUUAGAUAAUAUCAUUUUUAUUUAUUAAAAUAAUUUUAUAAUAUUAAAUACAAAUGUAUUAUUUUAUAGGUAAAGCAGCGAAAGAAGCAGAAGCUAGUUAUAAACGUCAACGACGUUUGUUUAAAGCUCAAAUGUAUAAACAAAUGGUGAGCGGUGCUAGAGUUAUGCGUGGUAUUGAUUGGAAAUGGAGAGAUCAAGAUGGAAAUCCACCAUGUGUGGGAACAGUUACUGGAGACUUGCAUAAUGGUAAGUAAUACCCAAAACCUAUUUAUUUUAAUUAUGCAAAUUUAAAGUCUUAAUAUGAAGACUAUUGGGGUCAGGUUGGAUAGAUGUUGUAUGGGAUCAUGGCGUGACAAACUCAUAUCGAAUGGGUGCUGAAGGGAAAUAUGAUCUACGGCUAGUCAAUGAAUCCCAAACUACAUGUGCCUGUAUGUUAUGAUUGAGAUAGUUGUUUAUAACCUUGGAAACUAUCAUAUUAGUGUUCUAAUUUGUAGCAUGCAAAUCCCUCUGUUCACAGUUACAAUUUUUUUAUUCGAAUUUAGACUACUGUAGGCAGUAUUAAUUUAAAAUAUGAUUAUAGCUUGCACAAUUUUUAAUCAGUGCUCAACUUGGGAAUAAGAAAUUUAAAAUACUGAUACUGAAAAUUCAUUUUACAUGCUACAUUACAUUAAUUCGUAAUCUAUAAAAAUAAAUUAACAAUAAAACCUUUAUUUAAUACUGUUUAACAUAUGGUUUAAUUUUGUACAAAUAAAAAUGACGGCCCACCCAAAUCGAGCACUUCAUUUAAUUUUAAUUUAUCAAACAAUUAUAAAUACUAUUUUUUAUGUCAAUAGAUAAAUGCAUGUUAAUAAUUCGUAACCAGUUAUAAAUAAAGAUAUUUUAAUUAAUUUACAAUUAUACCUGUUUAUUGCUAUAGCCAAGUUUAAAGGCAGUUCAAAUUCAACUUUGUCCAACAUUAUGACAAGAAUGUCAAGUUCAACUCCUAGCUUACCUGAAGCAUCUAAUGAUACUACAAUUGCUAAUGUGUCUGUAUCUAGUAUAGAUCAAGCUGUAUCUGCAGAUAAUUUGGCAGCUAAAGUAUAGUUUAAAAUCCAUAAAAAAUAAAUAUAAUAAAAUAAUUAUUUUAAAUAAACCUAUUACAGCAAGCUGCUCAACAAUUGACUGAUAGUAUUAUGUCAGUCAUGAGGAUAGAUUCUUCAGUCACUCCAGUUACAGCAAAUUCAUUAGAUAAUUCACUUCGAAUAGUAGUUCAUCCAAAUCCCUCUGUUGAUCUUGCUACAAUUGUUGAGUCAACUUCAAAUGGUUAGAAAUAUAAUGUUGCAAACAUUUUUAUUUUAGUAUUAUGUGUUAUUUUAAUAUUAUGUGUUAUUUUAAUAUUAUAUAUUAUUGUAUAAUUUGGAUAAUUUAAAUAUUUAGAUGAAACUCAACAAAAUAUUGAAAAUAAUAAGAAAAAUAGUAACUGUUAUGAAGAGGAAUUUUUACCAGCAUUAGGAAGGGUGAAACCAACAUAUAGACGUAGUUCAGUUACUAGUUUAGUUCAUACUUUGCAAUCUAUUCAAAUUGAAACACCACCUAACAAUAAAGUAAUAUAUCAUGUUAUUGCCAUUAUAUAAUGAAUUGAAUAGUUAGAAUAUGUUUUAUUUGCUGUAUAAUUUAUAUUUAAGGCAAACUCAAAAGAUAAACCAAUUAUUAUAAUGCAUCAUAAUACAUCAGACACUUCUAACUCUCAAAAUCAAGAUCUGUCUACUGAUACUUUAAUAAAUAAUGCUAAUAAUUCUGCUUUUAAUACAGAAAUGUGCAACCGAAAUAAUUUAGGUAUGAACAUUAAAACAUUUUUUCUAACUUGAUAUGUACAGAUAAUUUCAUGUUUCAUAUUUAAAUUUAUGUACUGGUUUAGAAAAAGAAAAUAAAACAGAAGACAACAUAAAUAAUUCUUCAUAUCAUAUGAGUGUUAGUGUGCCAAACUUAACAUCUAACGCACCGCCAAGAUCACAAGGAGAUAUUCCAAUGCAAAAACCUUUGGUUGAAACAUAUGCUCCUUAUCAAAAGCAUAGGAAUUUUGAUAGAAAUAAUGGUCAUAAUAAUCAAAGUCAACUUACUAAUCACAUAUCUCAAAGAGUACCAACUUCAGUAUCCAGUCUUGUACGUUUAGCUCUGUCUUCUAAUUUUCCAAGUAUGUAAUUACAAUUUUGAAAUUUAUUGUUUAUUCUAAAUUUUAAAUUUAUAUCAGAGUUAUUAUUAUUCUUAUUACAUCAUUAUUAUUUAAAUUAUUUUUAAAAUGUUAAGUGAGAAAGGUUGAUUUUUCACAUAUUAAAAAUAUCAUACAAGAUGUAGUGUAGCAUUAAAAAUAAUUUUUAGUGCCCACAUAAUUUUUGCUCUUUAAAAUUAAAAAAUUCUUAUAAAAAAAAAAUAAUAAUAAUAAGUAUAUAUUAUAUGAUUAACAAAAUCUGUUUUCAAUAAAUAAAUUGUUACAUUUAUUGUUACUCCAUAAUAUAAGUUUGAAAUUGUAAAUUUCCAAUUAAGAAAUAAAUACAUUACCAAAAAUUAAUUUCCAGCUGGUUUACUUCAAACUGCACAAAGUUAUCCUAGCUUGUCAGCUAAUAAUUCAACUAAUAAUUCAUGUUCUAUAACAACUAUUGCAAAUAGAACUUUUUGUGUUGGAGAAGCUUUAACUAUGAGUCUGGCAUCUACAUCAAGUGAAAGUGAACAAGUCAGUUUAGAAGUUAGUGUCUAUGUUAUAUUAUGUUUUACUUCAUUUACCAACAAUUUAUCUUUUAUAGGAUUUUUUGGACAGUGUUCGUGCUCCAGCCUUAUUUGCAGAACUUGAAGAUGACGAAGAAAUUGUUGAAGAUGAUGAUAUUCCAGAUGAUGAUGAAAAUGAGGAUGAACAAGAUUAUGAAGAGGUAAUGGUCACCAGAAAUCUAUUAAAUAUGGUAAGAAGUAAUUAAACUGAUUAGUUUUAAAAGUUUUUAUUAAUUUCUUAUAAGUACAUUUUAAAAUGUUCAUGAGAAAAUAAACAUAAAUAUUUUAACAUUUUCUUCUUAGGAAGAAGAAUCAUAUGAUGCACAGCAUGCAACCAUUGCUAGUAUUGUGGGUACAGAUAGGUGUGGUAAUCCAUAUAAAAGGCGCUCGUGGGAUGAUGAUUAUGUACUUAGAAGGGAAUUUACCGCAUUAAUACCGGCCUUUGAUCCUCGGCCAGGGCGUACUAAUGUCAAUCAAACAUCUGACUUGGAAAUUAUUGCUCCCCCAAAGGAUGAACAGGAUGAAGGUCCCGAACUUUAUAUUGGAGACUCAUUUCCUGACAAUCAAUCAUCGUUACCACGACUCAAGUUGACUUUGAAAGGUCCAAAUUUGCCGGGUGUACGUUAUUGAAGAUGUUUUGAAUUUAUAAAUAUUAACAAGUAUUACAUUUUAUAGAUUAAAGAUGUAGAAGUUGAACUCAAAGAUUCAAGUUGGACUAUUUUUCAUGCUGUUCAAAAAUUAGCACAAUUGGCAGAUCUUGGAAGUCGAUUGGAAAGAUCAAGACGAAUUUGGGAACCUACUUAUACGUAAGUAAAAUUUGAUCUUCGCUUUAUUCAUAAAAAUUAUUCAAUUAAUACAUUUUAAAAUGUUUUUCAAGAAUUAUAUAUGAAGAAUUAACCAAUAAAGAUCAAAAACUUAGUCAAUGUCCUGAUAAUCAAUGGGAUUCCGAUUUACCUAUAUUUUCAACCAGAACUCAAUUAAGUAAUACUGGUUGCACUGUUGAUCAUGUACUUCAACUUUUACGCCAACUUCAUAAUCUUUCCAUUAAUCCAUCAAUUUCUUUGCUUAAACCUUAUAAUGAUGAUUUCUUUGAAAGUAAGUUACUAAACAAAUAUAAAUAUUGAUUUUUAUAAAUUCAUAAUGUAAAUGAACUUGCAGUACAUAAAAAAGAUGAUGGAGAGUUGAUCAACAGCGAAAUAUUUAAUAGCAAAAAAAUGACUAAUAAACUUCUUCAGCAAAUUCAAGAUCCUCUGGUUUUAAGUUCUGGUGCACUUCCAUCUUGGUGUGAACAUAUAAAUCUUUCUUAUUCAUUUUUAUUUCCAUUUGAAACAAGAUAUUUGUAUUUCAAUUGUACUGCAUUUGGACCAUCUAGGUAAUAUUAUGUUCAACUGAAUUAUUUAUGUAAUAAAUAUUACUGAAUUUUUAUGAUUUUUAUUCUAGAUCUAUUGUAUGGUUACAAUCUCAACGAGAAAAUGUAGAACGUCACCGCACUGGUUCGAGUUUACCCCUUAGACGUGAAGAAGAGUAUAGAGUAGGUCGUUUAAAACAUGAUCGUGUGCGUAUACCACGAGGUGAAAACAUACUUGCUUGGGGUAGACAACUUAUGCGUGCUCAUAUUGAACGACAAACAGUGUUGGAAGUUGAGUUCAUAGGUGAAGAAGGUACUGGAUUAGGUCCCACCUUGGAAUUUUAUUCAUUAAUAGCUGCAGAGUUUCAACGAAAAAAUCUUUGUAUGUAUUAUAUUAAAUAUAUUUACUGUUUGCUAAUACUUUAUUUGAGAUAUUUUAUACAGCUUUUUUUUAAAUUAUUGUGUAGGUAUGUGGAUGUGUAAUGAUGAAUUACCAAAAGAAACUGGUCAAUGUAGUUGGCUCGAAGAGGGUUCUAAACCACCUGGUUAUUAUGUUAGACAGUCUAGUGGGCUUUAUCCGGCACCAUUACCUCAAAAUACAGCGUGUUGUGAUAGAGCUGUAAAACAUUUUUGGUUCCUUGGCAUGUUCCUAGCAAAAGUUCUUCAAGACAACCGUUUAAUUGAUCUUCCAUUAUCUUUACCAUUCCUAAAACUUUUAACCAAUGCUAAGAAUAAUAAGUAGGUUUUAUAAAUAAAUUGUUUAAAAUAAAUAAAGAUUAAUAACUGAAAUGUAUUUAAUUAGAUCAGCAAGAGUACUGAACGAGUCUGACUUAUUUGAUAUAGAUGAAGAACAGGCAGUAUUUAUAAAAGAUUUAAGACAGUUAAUUUUAUCAAAAGAAAAAAUAUUAUUGGAUCAAUCUUUGAGUGAUAAAGAAAAGUCUCAAAAAAUUAACAACUUAUUAUUUCAAUGUGGUGGAACUGAAAAAGUGUCCCUAGAUGAUCUAAGCUUGAGCAUGAUUUAUUUACCAUCAUCUUACUGUUUUCCAUUUACAUAUGUAAAUUUAGUCGAAAAUGGACUUAGUGAAGAUGUCAAUAUGGAUAAUGUAGAGCUAUAUGUGAAUUUAUUGACUGAUUUCAUAUUAGAUAAGGGCAUUAAAAGACAAAUGGAAGCACUCAAGAGUGGCUUUUGUAGAGUAUUUUCUAUUGAAAAAUUAAAUGCAUUUACUCCUCUUGAACUUAGACGAAUGUUAUGUGGACAGCAAAAUCCAGAAUGGACAAGAGACGAUUUAUUAAAUUACACUGAACCCAAAUUGGGAUACAAUAAAGAAAGGUACAAAAAUUUGAAAAUUGUUAUUACACUUAAUUUUAUUUUUAUAUAGUCAAACUGUCCCACGAAAAUAUACCCCUUGAAUAUCUCUGAAAUAAUAAAGAAUAUCAAAUUCUGUAUUUUGUUUUAUACUACUCACAGAAAUGAGGACUACAAAUAUUUAUAUUUUAAUUAAUUUGUUUUUUUUUUUUUUAUCAUAAAAAUUUUAAAAAAAUUAUUUUAUUUUAUUAUUUUUGGAAAAUUUUAAGAUGGCCAUUUGAUAGAAUUAAUUUUUCUAAAAAUUGUAAUGUAUCACACAUUUUUAUCCGAUAAAUAGUUUCUAAGUAAUAACAGUUUUAAAUCCUAAUCCUGUUAAAACUGAUGUUACUUAGAAACUAUUCAUCAGAUAGAAAUAUGUGAUACAUUCUACAGAAUGGCUAUUUUAAAAUUUUCCAAAAAUAAUAAAAUAAAAAGUUAUUUUUUUAAUUUCUAUGAUAUAAAAAAAUUAAUUAAAAUAUAAAUAUUUCUAGCCUCAUCCCUGUGGGUAAUAUAAAGAAAGAAAAAAACAAUUUGAUUAUAUAAUAAAAUUAAAUUCCAAACUAAAAUAAAUAUAUUUUUAAUUACGAGUACCUACCUAUUAAUCAUUUUUUAACAUCGUUUCAGCCCUGGGUUCUUACGUUUAGUAAAUGUUCUUGAACAAAUGAAUUCUGAAGAACGUAAAUCAUUUUUACAAUUUACUACGGGUUGUUCUUCUUUACCACCAGGAGGUCUUGCAAACUUAUAUCCCAGACUAACUGUGGUACGUAAAGUCGAUGCAGGUGCAGGUAGUUUUCCAUCAGUAAACACUUGUGUCCAUUAUUUGAAAUUGCCUGAAUAUCCUGACGAACAAACAUUAAGAGAACGUCUACUAGCUGCAACACUAGAAAAAGGUUUCCAUCUCAACUAAAUCAUACUUUAUUCAAUGAUUAGUAUGUAAUUUAUACUGUUAACUAAUCAAUAAUAUGUUUCUCGCAUUAUAGUGUUUUUAAAAUUAUUAUAUUUUAUGUUGUGCACCAUUCUUUGUAACAUUUCUGUGACUACAAACCACACUGUAGUGGUUUUAAUGUCUUGGAAAUUCUCUGAUACUAGUGAUAAUAUGUUUUUGUUUCCGUAUAAUUUAUCUGUCUAAUAUCUAUUAAUAUUGAUAUUAAAAUUGCAUAUAUUUUUUUUUUUUUUAGUUUUAAGUGUUUUGUCAUAAUAAUAGGUUUUAAGGUCUUAAAUAUUAAACUGAUGACUUAGUAUUUCUCAUAAAUAUUAGUAGAAUUAUUAAAUAUAAAUAAAAAUCAUAAUGUACAUUAUGAUUUAAUUUAAAAUUAUUAUCAGACCUUUGUAUCGCCACAAUUAUUAUUCUAUUUCAUAUUAUUAUUUAUUAAUGUUUGAAUAAAUAUUUUCUAAACAGCCUGAUUGAAUUGUUUGGGAAUUAAUAGAUUAAAAUUCUAUAAGUUGAGAAUGCCACACAUUUGAAGCAAUAUAUUGAAAAACUUGAUACCCUAGACCUAAUACUGAUAAUACUGAUAAUACUGUAUUAUAUACAUCUAAACAGUUAUAGGAAGUAUAAUCAGUUUUGAAUAAAUCAAGGAAGAUAGACUGAGUGAUGCCAAGAGGCAAAUUUCAAAUACUCAGGUGUAAUGUGGUUUAACUCCUCCCAUUAUCUUUAAUAAUUAUGAAAAAUAUUCAAAUUUUGGUAGUUUCAAUUCUAAAAAGGCAAAAGGCUUUACUUAGUGCAGAACUUCGCCCAAAUUCUAAACAAGAAAAUAUACGGACAUACUUCACACAAUUGGUGGGUCACUGUUGUAGGUGAGAAGUUGGAAAGGUAGGUUAUAGAGGGGAAUUUAAUGUAUUUGUACGCAACAAUUAAUCAUUGCUAACAAAAGAAUCAUUUGAGCAGAGCUCGGUUAAUAGUAUUAAUUUUUUAGCAAUAUAUUUAUGAUAUUAUAUUGAUAUAAUUGUAUACUUUUCAAUAUUCAUAUAUCAAUUAGAGAAUACAAUCAUGUUGAGAUACUGGCCUUUUUUAAUCUGAAGUCUUGGAAUCGACAAAUAAAUAAUCCCAAGAUUUCAGGAUUAAUUAAUGUAGUAAUAUACACAAAAAAAUAUAUAUUUAUAAUGAUUAAUAAUAAAUAUAAACAAUAAACAUAUUAUAUGAAAUAGAAUAUUUUGUGAGUACUAGUGAAUAUAUGGUUUUACCAUAAACCAAGAGAUAAGUCUGUAUGAGAAUGGAGAAAAUCACAGACAUCAGUUAGAAUUAGCAAUUAAAUAUCUAAUGUCUAUUCCUCUCACUAGCAUAGAACCUGAACAUACGUUUUCAGCAUCUGCAUACAUAAGAAAUAAAUUAAGAAGCUGACUCGAAGACGAGGCAUUAGAUAAUCUAAUAGCUUCACCUAUUUCUCCAAUCUAAAUUUCAAAAUAUUUCUUUUCAAUAAAACGUUUUUCAAUUUUUAAUUUGUUAUAUUUAUUAUUAAUUUUUUCCCCUAUAAUACAUAAUAUUAAAUAGUUGAAUUUUUUUUAUUUAAAAAAUAUAUACUUAAAAUAAAUAAAAAUUAAUCUUCUAAAUGUAUGUACCAUCUUUUUUCAAUUUGAAAUAUAAUCCAG